AACAAAAGUUGAUGUUUGAAACUGAAAAAGUUGAUUCAACGUCCACGGCCCACUAACCAAGCUCAUACCCUAGUUUUACGGAUAAAGUAAACAUUUGCAUUACGACAUUAGAGUGUUCAGUUAACCAUGGAUACGUCGUUUGUAUUAAUGAUGAUGAUGAUAGCUGUUGUUGGUAUGGCAACGGAAACAUCAGCGAUGAUUUCCAGAGAACGGUUCCUGGACUCAACCAGUCGCCAACGGGGAGAACUGCCCUUGAACAGAUUAUCCGCGGACAAGACAAAACUACAGGAGAACAAUGGUCGUCCCAUGCUGCAUAUUGUGCGCAUAUUGAAUGAACUAGCGAACCACGAAGAAGGGAUCGCGGAGACGACUCAUGAUAUCGUUGAACUGGUUGCCUCUCUGCUUCUUCCAGAUAAUGAAAUACGAGAAUUCGUGGAUGGUGUCAAACACCGAGCAAUCGAAAUUAUUUCUGAACACGGAGGUCUCUUGCCGGACACAGACGAGGACGAUGAGGAGACAGAAAUAACGCGGAUGCUCAACGCAUUUAACCCAAAUGCAAAUACGGUGAUGGGGGGAAUAGGGGAGGCCGAGGGUGAAGGACAAGGCAUCGUAGGAAAACUGGAAAUGCUUGGAAUGGGUUUUCAAAUGAUAAGAGCGACUCUAGAUUCCCUGUUGGAAAAUCUUAAAGAAAUAGAUGAACAAGUCGAGCAAGGAAAAGAUGAGCCAACGGGGACCGAUAGCGAGAAACCAGAUGGAACUGAACUGCCUGACAGCAAUAUGCCUGAUGACGUCAAUGAUGGCGUUCAAUCAAACGGCGAAGUGUCUAAUAGUGACCGUACCGGAACCCAAACGACCACCGAUCUUCCUGAUGCUACCACCAGUGGUAGUCAAUCUAAUGGCGAAGUGUCUGAUGGUGACAGUGGCGGAACCCAAACGACCACCGAACUUCCUGAUGCUACCACCAGUGGUAGUCAAUCUAAUGGCGAAGUGUCUGAUGAUGACAGGGGCGGAACCCAAACGACCACCGAUCUUCCUGAUGCUACCACCAGUGGUAGUCAAUUUAAUGGCGAAGUGUCUGAUGGUGACAGUGGCGGAACCCAAACGACCACCGAACUUCCUGAUGCUACCACCAGUGGUAGUCAAUCUAAUGGCGAAAUGCCCAAAUCGCCCGAUCAACGUCUGGUUUCAUCAAGUGGGAACCUUGAUGUGGAAAAGAAGCGUGUCCUUUUGCUGGAAAGGAAUUUGCUGGAGGAGCUCGUGAAGAACAAGCUAAAGGAUUUGUUAGUCGAGUAAAACAAACCAAAAUGACAUUCUAACUGCUACUAGUGUAUAAGUCCUUAAGUAAUAUCUAACAUAGACAUAAAAAGUAUCCAUGCAUUGACAUAUUAUGUAUCCAUGUCUAACCCAAAUAUGCUUGGUCUCUUUAGUUUCCAUCGUAUUGUUAAGAAAAUAUUUUGAACUUUGACUCUCCUUUUAAAAAACCGAUUUGUUUUAUAUUCAUACUUUGUAUUUCAAUGCAUGGUAACCAUUGAUAAAAUGAUUCAUUUUAAAAUGCUAACAAUGAAACCAAAAGUGUCCACUUAAUACGUAAUAAUGUUUAUUUUGAUAAAUAUUCUCAAGGUUUGCUUGAGAUGUUUUAUUAAACCGCAAUAAAAUAAAUUGAAAACGA